GGCAAUUUGGCGUGUUCAAGCUUGAACUGAAACACUUGGCACUUUGCAGGAGCCAUGCUUAUGUGUUAAUAGAUGCUCUCUUCUGUUUCUCCAGAUUCCUCUCAACCUUUUCCUUAUCUUUUUCACAGCAAUAAAUGAACACCUCUCUCUCUCUCUCUCUCUCUCUCUCUGAAUGAGCUAACACUACAAUCUACAAUGGCUGCUUUCUCUCUCUUCUCUAACCAUCAUCUUCUUCCUCCAUUCCCAAUUUCCUCUUCUAAAUCUAAACCCCAUGCAUAUCCUAAUCGCUUCCUCUUAUUACCCAACCGCUCCUCGUCUCUAUUUCGCAUCCUCUGCUCUUCUCCGAUCAACUCCUCCGAUUCUGUUCCCUCUGGCGAUAGCUUCUACAGCAAUUUUUGCAUCAUAGAAGGGCCCGAGACUGUUCAGGAUUUUGUUCAGAUGCAGCUGCAGGAAAUUCAAGAUAACAUAAGGAGUAGGCGCAAUAAGAUCUUUCUUCUCAUGGAAGAGGUGAGGAGACUUCGGGUACAGCAACGGAUAAAGAGUGUGAAAGUUAUCGAUGAAAACGUUAAAGAAGAAGAACGAGAAGAGGCAGAUGAAAUGCCUGAUAUCCCAUCAUCAAUCCCUUUUCUUCCUCGUGUGACAUCGAAGACAUUGAAGCAGCUUUACCUUACAAGUUUAUCUUUUGUAUCGGGGAUUAUCGUAUUUGGGGGACUAAUUGCUCCUACACUGGAACUAAAAUUAGGUCUUGGUGGCACCUCAUAUGAGGAUUUUAUACGUAGCAUGCAUUUGCCGAUGCAGCUGAGUCAGGUGGAUCCCAUUGUGGCUUCCUUUUCAGGUGGGGCAGUAGGUGUCAUUUCAGCCUUGAUGCUGAUUGAAGCCAAUAAUGUCGAGCAACAAGAGAAGAAAAGAUGCAAAUAUUGCCAUGGAACGGGAUACUUGGCCUGUGCCCGAUGUUCAUCAAGUGGUGUGUGCUUGGGCAUUGAUCCCGUCUCACUAUCCAGUGCUUCCAAUCGCCCCUUGCAAGCACCAAAAACUCAAAGGUGUGCAAACUGUUCUGGUGCUGGAAAGGUAAUGUGCCCUACAUGCCUGUGCACUGGGAUGUUGAUGGCAAGUGAACAUGACCCACGAAUUGAUCCAUUUGACUAGGGAGGAUUGAGGAACACUCACUUUGGGAAUGUAACUUUCUAGUAUGUGGUUAACGUUUAUUUGGCUCAAAAUUUAGGAACAAUCUCGUCUGUCUCCGAACCCCUGAAAGUAGAAGUUGUAAGAAAGGAACAGGUAUAUAUGCACUGGUUAAGAAAGGUAUCAACAGAGUGUCUAUAAGCAUGCAAACCAGCAUGGUGGAAGCUAAAUGUCUGGCUUGGAGAAUCCUGUUGUGCACUCAUCCCUGCGAAGAACAGGCAAUUUACAGAAUGUGCGAUUACCUUGUGAAAUUAUUGUCUGAAGUAGUGGAUUUGCUGGGUUUUGUUUCAUGUGAUGUAAUUGGGAUCCGCUAUUGUGAGAGAAAUAGAAAUUUGUUUGGUGCA